AUGUUGAACCAAUGUCCUGUUUCAAAUAAUCCAAAUACAACGUAUUCUAAUCAAUCAUUGACAUCAUCAGUAAUCUCACCAACAACCGUAUUAGAUGAUGUUAAAAAUUACAUUAUCAAACGCAGUAAUCAGAAUAAUCCUUUAACAAAUAUUCUCCAAUUUCCUUGUGUUUUACAGAAUUCAACAAAUGAAACAAAUUAUACAAAUAUUGUUAAGUUAACAGAAAGUCCCUUCUCGAUUAAAUUUGCUCCAUAUUACAAUGCCGUUCCACGCAUAUUUCCGGGCUUAGAUUUUAUUGCGUAUGAUGUAACAAAAUCGUUAAGGUACAUGACAUAUUUUGGUUCAAACGCUGUACCAUCUAUAUUUUUGUUACGAAAAAAUAGAUUAUUAGCUCGAUUAAAUAGCACAAAAGAUAUUCAAACCCUGAUUUCACUAAUUGAAUCAACAUUGCUGAAUAGUACUUUAAUAAGGGUGAAUAUAAAUCCUAUUUUAUUCAGAUUAGAUAUGUCGAAGAAGGAUGCUGUUACUAUUACUGAUGUUCAGCCUACAACGUAUCGUCGAUGGGUAAUUCCUACUCAAUAUCUUGUUUUUGGCUCAUUAAUGGCUAUUGGAAUAUUGAACAUGACUAAAGGGUUAUUUCGAUUUAGUUUUGGAUUUGUUGGUGGUCUUGGUUUCGGAAUUGUAGCAGGUUUUAUGUUUGCUGAAAGUUCUGUCGGACAAUAUUUAAUAUAUCAACGAUCAAAAUAUUCAAGAUCUUAG